AUGAAAGCACUGAUCCUCGUGGGCGGCUUCGGUACGCGACUACGACCGCUCACACUGUCAUGUCCCAAGCCUCUUGUCGAGUUCUGCAACAAGUCCAUUGUCGUGCAUCAGAUUGAGGCGCUUGUAGCGGUCGGGGUCACGGAAGUAAUUUUGGCAGUCAAUUAUCAACCUCAAGUGAUGCUGGCAGCACUGGAGUCUAUGGAAAAGAAGUACCAAAUUAAAAUCACAUGUUCGCAUGAGACAGAGCCAUUGGGUACUGCCGGGCCAUUGGCUUUGGCACGAGAUCUACUGAAUGAUGGUGAUCCGUUCUUCGUGUUCAACAGUGACGUCAUUUGCGAGUAUCGACUGCAAGACUUUCUGGAUUUUCACAAGGCCCAUGGAGCAGAGGGCACCCUCUUGGUCACCCGAGUGGAUGAGCCAUCCAAAUAUGGAGUGGUGAUUUCCAACGCUGACGGACAGAUCCAGCGCUUUGUGGAAAAGCCACGUGAAUACGUGGGCAACAAGAUUAAUGCAGGUAUCUAUAUCUUCAAUCGUGAAGUGCUGGACCGUAUUCAGCUGCGUCCAACGUCUAUUGAGAAGGAGAUUUUUCCACAGAUGGCAGCAGAAGGAAAUUUGUUCUCGAUGGUGUUACCUGGCUAUUGGAUGGAUAUUGGCCAGCCAAAGGAUUUUUUGUCGGGCAUGUGUCUGCAUUUGGAUUUCGUGGAGCGCACGAAACCGGAUACACUGUCAAUAGGCUCCAAGUUUAUUGGCAACGUGAUGGUGGACCCCACUGCGAUGGUCGGCGACGGAUGUCUGAUUGGUCCCAAUGUUGUCAUUGGUCCCGGAUGUGUUAUUGAAGAUGGUGUUCGACUCAGCCGGACGACGCUACUUCGUGGUGUAACGGUGCGCGCGAACUCGUGGAUCCAUUCAAGCAUUAUCGGAUGGGGCUCAACAAUCGGCCGAUGGUGCCGGAUUGAAGGAACUACCGUUGUCGGAGAAGAUGUGCAGGUAAAGGACGAGAAGUUCAUUAACGGCGGCCUUAUUCUGCCGCAUAAAGCCAUUUCGACCAGUAUUCCUGAUCCAGGUACUAUCGUCAUGUGA